AUGAUCUUCUUUUCCCUUUCGGUGAGGCAAAAGGAAAAGGGGGAAGAAGCCAAGGUAUCGACAAAAGAAAGGAAAAAUACAUCUAUACACACAUACCUUCAGCCAUCGACUUGGAAUCCAGACGAUAGGAGACAGGACAAGACCUCUCCUAUCCGUUCAUUUCUUUCCUCUGGGCCCGCUGAAGAUCGAGCAGUGGAUGUCUUACCCCAUACCAACCCCAAGAUCGAUAUGGAGGUUAAAUGGCCUGAACCUAUCCCUAUCCCUAUCCCUAUCCCAUCGGCUCACCAAGUCAAACGAGCUUCGUACAUGCCUCUAUUGGUCCGCCCUUGGCGCCUGCGGAAACAAAAGGAUGAGCUGGCAUCGUACAUACGCGCCCGGCGUGGAAAGUCAACUUUGGUCGGAAAUGGCCGGCAAGAUUUCAAGUGUAUACCACUUGGCCUGCCUUGGGCUGAGUCUGGGCUGGGCUGGGCCUUGGGCUUGGGAUGGUGCCUUGGGGAUGAAUGA